CUGAUAAUGAUAUGUCUCUUGACCUUGCAGGUUACUGACCCAAUGAAUAUCUCUGAGCCAGAUUCCAGCUUUGCUUUUGUAAGUGAAUUUAUACUCCAAGGUUUCUCUUGUGAGUGGAAGAUUCGGAUCCUCCUCUUCUCACUGUUCACUACGACAUAUGCUCUGACUGUAGCAGGGAAUGGAGCCAUUGUUUGUGCACUGUGGUGUGACCAGCGACUUCACACUCCCAUGUACAUGUUCCUGGGGAAUUUCUCCUUUCUAGAGAUAUGGUAUGUCUCCUCUACAGCCCCCAAGAUGUUGGUCAACUUCCUCUCAGAGAAAAAAACCAUCUCCUUUGCAGGAUGUUUCCUCCAGUUCUAUUUCUUUUUCUCUUUGGGGACAUCUGAAUGCUUACUUUUGGCUGCCAUGGCCUUUGAUCGGUACCUUGCUAUCUGCCGUCCCUUGCACUACCCUAAUAUCAUGACCGGGCAUCUCUGCACCAAACUGGUCAUUACCUGCUGGGUUUGUGGAUUUCUGUGGUUCCUGAUCCCCAUUGUUCUCAUCUCUCAGAUGCCUUUCUGUGGUCCAAACAUUAUUGACCAUGUUGUGUGCGACCCAGGGCCACUGUUUGAAUUGGCAUGUGCCUCUGCCCCCAAAACCCAACUAUUUUGCUACACUUUAAGCUCAUUAGUUAUUUUUGGUAACUUCCUCUUUAUUCUUGGGUCCUAUAUCCUUGUCCUAAUAGCUGUGUUGCAUAUGCCUUCAGGCACUGGGAGACAUAAAGCCUUCUCCACCUGCGGGUCUCAUUUGGCUGUGGUAUCACUGUUCUAUGGCUCUCUGAUGGUCAUGUAUGUGAGCCCAGGACUCAGUCAUUCUGCUGGGAUACAGAAAAUUGCAACUUUGUUCUAUGCUAUGGUGACCCCACUCUUCAACCCCCUCAUCUACAGUCUCCGGAAUAAGGAGAUAAAAGCAGCCCUGAAGAAAAUUUUGGGACUUCCAUCAUAAUCUAAAGCAUCUUAGAUGAUUCCUCCAUGAU